CCUACUGCCGCUACGCUCUGCCGCAAAGGGGACUUACUAACCUUCUCACCCCCCCUGAGCGAUACGAUCCGUCUGUUUACGGCUUUAACACAACGUUGCUAACUUAUCAUGAUCAAUUUCAACCGAACGACUCGUUGAUUGUCGGCGUGAUUGUAGAUUUUUGCGAGCGGUUUGGCGGGACUUACCGGGGUUAACAAUACGGGAGCUAAAAAGGCUAAAGCUAGCGUCGAAACAGGCCCCCCGUUUUCAGGUAGCUAACGCAGCUAGCCGAGCACUACUGCGGCUGUCAUGGAAGACAAAUCUUUCACCAAGGAAUUAGACCAAUGGAUCGAGCAGCUCAAUGAGUGCAAGCAGCUUUCAGAAGGCCAAGUCAGGACACUCUGUGAGAUGGCCAAGGAGAUUCUGACCAAGGAGUCCAACGUUCAGGAGGUGCGAUGCCCGGUGACUGUGUGCGGCGACGUGCACGGCCAGUUCCACGACCUCAUGGAGCUGUUCAAGAUCGGCGGCAAGUCCCCGGACACCAACUACCUGUUCAUGGGCGACUACGUGGACAGAGGCUACUACUCGGUGGAGACGGUCACGCUGCUCGUCACGUUAAAGGUGCGUUUCCAGGAGCGGAUCACCAUCCUGCGAGGAAACCACGAGUCUCGGCAGAUCACGCAAGUGUACGGCUUCUAUGACGAGUGCCUGAGGAAAUACGGCAACGCCAACGUCUGGAAGUACUUCACAGACCUGUUUGACUACCUGCCGCUCACCGCGCUGGUUGACGGACAGAUCUUCUGUCUGCACGGGGGUCUGUCGCCCUCCAUCGACACUUUGGACCACAUACGAGCUCUGGACCGCCUGCAGGAGGUCCCGCAUGAGGGCCCCAUGUGCGACCUGCUGUGGUCGGACCCCGAUGACCGUGGUGGAUGGGGCAUCUCCCCCCGAGGUGCGGGCUACACCUUCGGGCAGGACAUCUCUGAAACCUUCAACCACGCCAAUGGACUCACGCUGGUGUCCCGCGCCCAUCAGCUGGUCAUGGAGGGCUACAACUGGGGCCACGACAAGAACGUUGUGACCAUCUUCAGUGCUCCAAACUACUGCUACCGCUGCGGCAACCAGGCGGCCAUCAUGGAACUGGACGACACCCUCAAGUACUCUUUCCUUCAGUUUGACCCUGCCCCCCGCCGUGGCGAGCCCCACGUGACCAGACGCACUCCUGACUACUUCCUGUGAAUGUUCAACGCCGUCCCCCUCCCCUUUCGUCAGUCGCCCACAAGUUUCACCCACUGCCCCGCCCUCGUUACUGUAUCGAGAAGAAAAGACGUGAUUGGCUGGGGAGAGGGGAGGAAAAACCUCCCGAAGAGUUAAACGUAGCGUUGUCCCGCCCCUCCACACAGUGGUGUUCUCACUCUGCCGUCAUUAACGCUGUGCUUCUGGAGUAAAAAAAAAAAACUACACGUGCAACAAAGAUGUUACUACUUUUUUGUUUGUUUGUUUGUUUCACACAUGUUUUUAAGACAACAUAAUAAAACUUCCAAGGUGGACCAAAUGUGCCAUAUUCUGAUCCUUUUCCAACUAUUUUUCUUUUUUACCUCACCACAACCUCGUGUCACCACAUUUGUGCUUUUUUCUCUUGCAAGAUCAUUUGGAACAAAAGAGGGGGGAAAAAAAGUUUGCUUCAAGUAGUCCAGCUGUGAGUUUUAGCUGCAGCGCUGCUCAUCAAGUCAGCAAGUAUAUUCCUGUCAUUUGAAUAAAGACUACAGACCUAUGGAAUAAAAUGUCCUAUUGACAAACC